GCUGCUUACGUGUAGAUCCGCUAGUCAUGAAUGGGGUGGCGAAGAUGCGUGUCUGUGGGUUUUAUCCUGAUGCUAAAAUUUAUGUUUAUACGGUAAUGAGGUUUUAUCGUAACUUUUAGCAUAACUAGAUCUGAUCGUUUUAAAGUAUUUUUCGUUCGGGUAAUCAGUUUUCCGGCGGCACGAAGAAAUAACGGUGACGUUUGUUUGCAUUUGGGUUUUUUGUAAUCAUAAUGCCGAAGAACAGCAAGACAUCACUGAUCCAGACGAUCGCGAGCCAUGCUUAUCAGACCUUUCAUAACGGCGCUUCGUCUGGUUUUGGGGAGAAUAAUGCGUUCCUAGAGCAUCAGGCAGUCCUCGUAACUCUCCUUUCUAAAUUAACGGCCGCGGAUCUGAAUAUUGCGUCACCGAAGAAAGUCUCCAGGAAAUCUGCAGAAGCUCCAGUCACAUACAUGCACAUAUGCGAGACUGAUGCUUUCAGCAUGGGCGUGUUUCUCCUAAAGCCCGGAGCAUCCAUACCUCUGCACGAUCACCCAGGAAUGAAUGGAAUGUUGAAGGUCCUGUACGGCAAGGUCAACAUCAGAUGCUAUGACAAGCUGGAAAUUGCUGUUGGUGCUGAUGCUAAAGAUGAAAGCCGAUUUGAACCUCCGCAGGGUGAUGCUGUGAGCAGAGCUCUGCUCAGGACUUCUGGACAGUUUACUGUACAAAGUGCUCCUUGUGUCCUGAGCCCUGCCAAAGACAACCUGCACGAAAUAGAUGCUGUGGAUGGACCAGCUGCGUUUCUUGACAUACUGGCACCCCCCUAUGACCCUAAUGAUGGGAGAGAUUGUCACUACUACAAAGUUAUACAGACUGCUGGGAGAAAGGAGCAGGGGGGUGAGGAUGAAGUCUGGCUUUUGGAGAUCCCCCAGCCGGAUGAUUUCUGGUGCGGAGGGGAGCCCUACCCCGGUCCUAAUGUUUCCGUGUAGAGAUGCACACUGGAAUGGACUUGUAUGGUUGCUCCAAUUCAGCUGCGUCAACGUGUAUUUUCUAGGACCUCAAAACAGCACUACAUCAUUUUAAUGUCCAUUUCAUAGCAUUUCUCGGUCAAUGCUAUUUUUUUGGAUGUGCCUCAUUUGCUACAUCACCUCUCUGUGGCCUUUCUUGUGAAUAAUGAAUGUAUACAUGCUUGAAAAGCAUUUACUCUUGUAUAAGUGCACACAUAUAUAUCUAUAUAUUACUUGUGUUUAAUUUAUUGUAAAAGAUUGUACACAAACACUUAUUCAAAUUUAUUGUUUAUAUUUUUGCUUUUGAAAUACUAUUAAAAUAUUCGUAAUACA